UUGCAACGACGCGCAGACAGUCCCACGGAUGUGUGCUUUCGGUGGGCCCAACAGAGCGCCAUCGUCAAUGGCACUCUCUAUCUCUAUGGCGGCCAAGCAACCACAGAGCCGGGACAGUCCGAAAAUGCAUGGAACAAUAACUUCUUGACUCUGGAUCUUACAAAGACAUGGCAGAUAGCAACGCCGUCCUUGACAGGGAAACCACAACCUUCGGGUCCACCAAAGGUGAGCUUAGGAACGCUGUGGAAUUCACACCAAAGUCUUUACCUGUAUGGUGGACAAUUUCAAUGGAAGCCCGCAGAGUCACCCACUGCUUUCUCAUUAUGGGAAUACUCGAUCUCGAAUGACCAAUGGAUUGAGCACAGCAGCCCUGAGACGUCCGACGGCGUCAGCGCUCCUAGCAAUGCUCAACCAGUCCAGCGCGCCGCCGAGGGAGCUGCUGCAAACGUGCCGUCACUUGGACGAGGCUUCUAUUUUGGUGGUCAUCUGGACGGCUAUACCACAGAAGGCUGGUCUCAGAGCAUUCCCAGAGUCUAUUUACAGUCCUUGCUCGAAUACACCUUCCCAGGAGAGCCGAACACUCAAGUCACGUCACUGUCGAAUCAUCAGGACGCACGCUCGGAUGGAGUCUACCGAAAUAUCACUCAGGGAGGACUUCAAGCCCAAGCCGGCUUCACGCAGCGCGCUGAUGGACUGCUGAUCUAUGUUCCCGGCUUUGGAGAACAGGGCAUACUGCUAGCUCUUGCCGGCGGAACAAACGAGACCUUCACGCAAAUGAACAACAUCAACGUCUACGACAUCGCCAAAAGUUCUUGGUACACGCAGACGACAAGCGGACCUAUUCCUGAUUAUCGAGUCAAUCCAUGUGCUGUAAUAGCAGCGGCGCCCGAUGGAAGCUCCUACAAUAUUUACAUGUUCGGCGGCCAAAACCUGAUCCCGGCUGGCAAUCAGACUCAGAAAAACGACAUGUGGAUUUUGACCUUGCCUACCUUCACCUGGAUUGAGGUCGACAUGUCAGGCCAGAGCGUGCCAUACGGCCGCUCCGGUCACACUUGCAAUGUCUGGGACGGGCAAAUGGUCAUGGUGGGAGGCUACGUCGGCGACCAGUCACUGACGUGCGAAAGCCCUGGCAUUUACGUCUUUGACAUGUCCGCAGCGCAAUGGGUCAACGAAUUCACUGCGAAAUUCAAUCAGCAGCCAAAUCAAAAAUACUCGGCUGAUAGCCCGGGCGGUUUGGAAGGCAGUUACGGGUACACUGUACCCCAAGCCGUCAUCGAUGUCGUCGGAGGCGAUAAGUCUGGUGGUGCGACUCUCACAACACCCAUCAACACCGCAACAGCCGGACCCAUGGCAACAGGCAAGCCAAUCACAUACACUCUACCUGACGGCAGCACCACAACUUCGACCUCCUCACCCGACUCCAGCGGCAACAGCGGAUCCGAUAACAGUACCGGCAAUGGCACGAACGUCGGCGCCAUCGUCGCAGGCUGCGUAGCCGGAAUUCUCGGCGUAAUAAUCCUGUACCUACUCUACUGCGUCUUCAUCUACAGAAAACGUUUGGCCCUCUACAAACGCCACGUCGAAAUGAGCCAAGCCCAAGCCCGAGGCGAGAAACUCACCCCUGUUUCCGCACUUCUAGCCACCAACAACAGUUCGAAUGCUACACCUUCAGAUCCCAGCACAGGAGCUCGCUGGAUGACCCGAACCAGCGAUUCAGGAAGUCAUGAAAGUGGUAGUUACCACCCUGUCCGAAGAAAUAGUAAUGUGAGUGUUAAUGAGGAUCUUUUGGCGGGUCAGGAGCCGACGUUUUUUGGGACGUUGUUGCAUCCGAGGAGGAGUUUGAGGGUUGUUAAUAG